AUGACAAAUAACGGACAAAGAGUUGGUGAUUCUUUCUAUCCUAAUUAUUCUCCACAGCAUCCAUAUCAACAGCUUCGACACCCUGCUGCUGAUGUGUCUCGCAAUCAAGCAUCUAUGAGUGUACCUUCACUGGGUACUUUCUCUUUUGAAAGUGAUUUAUCCACAUCACAGCAAUUUCCACAAUAUUCACAACGUCCUGAAUAUCCACAACAAUCGCAACACCUACAAUAUUCAAGUCGUCCUCACAAUGGCCCAACACCAAGGAUCUCUGUUCAUCCAGUUCAGCCACAUGAAGGGCGUCCAUCAACGUCGACACCGCGAGCAGUUAUUGUACCCGGUCCUGGUCGGCGACCUCAACAGCCUUCUUCUCAAUAUUUUCCUAAUAUGCCACAACAUCCUUCCGUUUCGCAAAGAUCAAGACUAAUUAUUGGUACUAGCACUGCUGCUUCAAAUCUUAAUCCAAACCAUUCCGAUGACUAUAUUCCCCCUCUUCGAAAAUCAAUGGAAAACCUUCGUAAUAAAACACCCUUAAAUUAUCAUUCAUCUUAUCAAUCAGAGCGAUUUCGUUCAUUGUCAUACUCUGAACCAUCUCCACCAUCUGCUGGUUCAGAUGCAUCAAGUGCUCCUUCAUCACCCUCUUCCUAUACAGGAAAACAGCAUAUUCCAAUUGUUUACCCCGCUUUACUUUCAAAGGUUGCUGAUGCAUUUCGGUCCAGGAUUAUUCUUUCAAAUAGGAUGAAAGACAACCUCGAAUAUAAAGAUUGCUUUGAUGGGAGAGAAGCUGUGUCUGUACGGAAGAACAUGAAGCCAACCCCUGGUCUUAGACGUAGUUCUAGCCGUGGUUCUCUUUCAGAUAAAAAGGAUCGAAAAUUAUGGAUUCAUACUGUUCUUCCUGAAAUUGCUAACUCAGUUUCUGAAACAGAGAAAAAACGACAAGAAGCUAUAAAUGAAGUUAUUUAUACUGAGAACGAUUUUGUACAUGAUUUAGAAUACCUGAAAAAUUGUUGGAUGGAUCCUCUCUUAAAGGAAGAUAUUAUUCCUGAAGAUCGACGUGAAGAAUUUGUCAAUAAUGUUUUUUAUAAUAUGUUAGAAAUUUACAAAGUUAAUUCUAAACUGAACGAUGCACUUCAAAAACGACAGAAUGCUUAUGCCAUUGUUGAGCAAAUUGGUGACAUUUUUAUAGAGCAAGUCCCAAAGUUUGAUCCUUUUAUUCAGUAUGGUGCACAUCAAUUAUUGGGAAAAUAUGAAUUUGAAAGAGAAAAAAGCAGCAACCCGGAAUUUGCAAAAUUUGUUGAAAAAAUUGAACGUCUUCCUGAAUCAAGAAAAUUAGAACUAAAUGGGUAUCUUACAAAGCCUACAACCCGUCUUGGAAGAUAUCCAUUACUCCUUGAGGUUGUUCUAAAACAUACUCCUAAUGAUCAUCCUGAUAAGGUUAAUAUACCAAAGGUAAUCAAAAUCAUCAAAGAAUUUUUAACGAAUGUUAAUAUAGAAUCUGGGAAAUCGGAAAAUCGAUUCAAUUUACAACAAUUAAACGACCAACUGAUGUCUAGAGGGAAUGUGGAUCUGAAAUUGACUGAAGAAGGACGUCAGCUCGUUUUCAAAGGUACUUUAAAGAAGCCUACUCGAGCUGGUGAACCGUCCGAUCUACAAGUGUUUCUGUUCGAUCAUGCUUUGUUAAUGGUGAAAAAUAAAAUCGUAAAUAAGGCUGAACAUUAUAAAGUUUAUAGAAAGCCAAUUCCUCUUGAAUUGUUGAGCAUCUCAAUAACUGAAGGACCUUCAGAAAACAUCCGUUCGAUUCAGAAACGGCCACAGUCAAUAUUACAUGGCGGAAAGGCUCAAACAUCUAAUCAUAAAAAUAACAAUAAUCAACAUGCAUUAACACUAUGUUGUCUCGGAAAGAAAGGCUUUGCGGUAACUUUAUAUGCAACAACGAUUAUCGGUCGCAAAAAGUGGAUCGAACAAAUAGAAAAACAAAAAGAACUAAAUGAGAAAGGGAAGAUAUUUGAGAAAACUGUAUUAAUUGAAAAAGGACAUUUUCACGAUACGCAUAAGAUUAUUUGUGCCGUAUUUUUUGAUAAUUAUCAAAAAUUAGCCUUUGGAACUGAUAGUGGUGUAUAUGUACUGGAUAUUAAUCAAAAGCAUGUAGUUCAAGCAUUGAAGAUAGAAAAAGUAUCUCAAAUUGAAAUUCUUGAGGAUUAUCGAUUAUUAUUUAUAUUAGCUGACAAAAGUCUCUAUUCAUACCCAAUCGACGUAUUGGACCCUGGUGAUACUAAUUCAGCCAGCAAACGUUCAAAAAAAAUCAGCGCACAUGCAAGUUUUUUUAAGUCCGGAACUUGUCGUGGAAAAACUUUAAUAACAGUUGUAAAAAAUAGUACGCUUCAAUCGACGAUUAAGACUCUAGAACCUCUUGAACAAAACGUCAAACAUAAGAUUAAAGGACCAACUUUUAAACUCUUGCGUGGAAGUAGCGAUGUGUUAAAAACAUAUAAGGAGUUCUGUAUACCUGCAGAAUUAACGUCAGUCCAUUAUCUCAAAAAGAAUUUAUGCGUAGGUUGCACGAAAGGAUUCGAAGUUGUUGAUUUGGAGACUCUUAAAACGCAAGGAUUACUGCAUCCAGAAGAUACAUCACAUGAGUUUGUACUUAAAAGAGAAAAUGUAAAGCCUAUUGCUAUUUAUCGUGUUGGGGGUAGCGAUUUUCUUUUAUGUUAUGACGAAUUUGCAUUCUUUAUUAAUAAAGAAGGAUGGAGAUCACGGGACAAGAUGUUAAUAACGUGGGAGGGAUCCCCAACCUCUUUUGCCUACCACUAUCCUUAUGUUCUUGCAUUUGAACCUUCGUUCAUCGAAAUACGUCACGUUGAAACAGGGCUUUUAGAACAAAUUAUUGCUGGACAUAAUGUACGUUACCUAUACUCUGAUUCUCGUGGAAACAUCUUGGUCGCAACGAACGAUACUACCACGGGUAAUUCGGAAGUAUUCGCUAUGAAGAUUCCGAAUGAAAGGAGAAAUUCAUUAAUUUCGGAGGCUCCGAGUAUUGCUACUCUAGCUUUCCCAUCUGAAGAUAGGAACGAGAGUUAA